GCGGGGCGGGCCAGUAGCAAGGUAGACGGGCCACGGAAGCGGGCGGCGGAGCUGGGGGCCGCGAGCCGGGCAGGAUGGACAAGCUCAAGCGGGUUCUGAACGGGCAGGACGCGGAGGAGCAGGGCGGCCUAGGCGAGAUAGUUGAUACAACUUCAUUAAGCUGGGGCACGAGAGUGAAAGGGUUCAUCGCUUGUUUUGCCCUAGGAGUUCUGUGCUCUGUCCUGGGUACUUGCCUGCUAUGGGUGCCAAGGAGAGGACUAGUUCUCUUUGCAGUAUUUUACACUCUGGGGAAUAUUGCAUCCCUUGGAAGCACUUUUUUCCUUAUGGGACCUAUGAGACAAUUGAAAAGAAUGUUUGAGCCUACUCGUUUGAUAGCUACUAUUGUUAUGCUAUUGUGUCUCAUACUAACAUUGUGUUCUGCUUUCUGGUGGCACAACAAGGGGCUUGCUCUCAUCUUCUGCAUUUUGCAAUUUUUUGCCUUGGCAUGGUACAGCAUUUCUUUCAUACCGUUUGCAAGGGAUGCUGUGAAGAAAUGCUUUACUGUUUGUCUGUCAUAACAGGUAUAUGUGCUGUUUUGUGACACUCUAGGAAGUACAGUGGAAUUAUGCUAACCGUUUUGUAUGUACCUUCCUACUUGUGUCUUAAAUAUAUGCCUUGCAGCUUGUAGUGGGAGGCUUGUAUUAAAAUCCAGCAUAUGUGGUUACUUGUAAACAAUGAUAGUCAGUCAGAAUAGUGAAGUGGUGCUUUCUGUAACAUUUAGCCCAGCUGGACUGACAUCUAGAAUUCAGUUUUGUUUUGUUUUAGAUAAAUUACACAAAUCAUGCAGAGUGAAACAAAAAUAACAUUUAAAGAGACACUGUUAGCCUAAAAAUAAUAGAGUAGAUCCUCCACUGGUGUAAAACAGCACAGCUCGCUUGUCUUCAAUGGAAUUAUGUCAAUUUACACCAGCUGAGGAUCUGUUGCAUAAUAAGACACCAAAUCUGCACUUUCUGACCUCCACCUAGCUUUGAAAUAACUUUUAAAACCCUAAUGUCUCACCAUUUAGAUUUGUGUUUAAUUUUUUCACUGGACAAUGAAACUCCCCUGAUCCAUUCUUACUUCCUGGCUCUCUUGUAAGAGCUCAGUGCUGCAUGGUGGGAUUUAUAACACCACCAGGGAAGGUUUCAGUCUAAAUGGGAAAACUGUUUUGGCUGAAUAUUUUUGAAAGUUUCAUUUCUUUACCCAACUACUAAAGUUUGGGUUUAAACUACUGACAGUGUCUCUGUAAAAUAACUCAAAAAGAGCAUUGAUCACCACGGGAAAAGUGCUAGGAAUUCAGUGCAACCAAGGUAAAUUAAGAGGCCCUUUACCUGCUACGGACCUGAUUUCUGCAGCAGCUAGCAGUAUCACAGGGCAGGGAGCUGCAUUUCUCACAUCAGGUUAGGUGCCCAUCCUGUUCCCAGCUGUAGUAUGGGAGAAGGACAACCCAGGACUUGGUAGGUAAGCAAAGGAAAAACUGAGCUUGUUAGUUUUCUGGGCACAGAUUCUAUCAGAGAUUCUUUCUAAAUGGUCCAUGUGUUUUACUUCAAAGUAGGAAAGCAUUUCUAUACACCCUUUAAAAUAAAAAAAUCCUCUACAGAGGGUGGCAGAAUUAGUGUUAAAAAAGGAAGAGACACUGUUCUUCUGACUUCCCUCUCUCAUCGGUUCAUAACAUUUGUCACUUCUCUGUACAGAGGUGAGAGAUCGUUAAAUCCCUCUGCGGUUCAAAUAUCACUCUGUGGACCAGAAGAAAUGCACAAGUGUACGAUCUUCAAGUGUCUAUAUUCUGAGAAGAGUGAUAGUAAGCUGUACUUGCUAUUGCUAAGGAAAUGUAUGCAGGAUUAAACUGCCAACUUUCAGCAAAUUCUACCUAGUGGCUGGGAUCUUUAUGAUGCCAACAAGUUCCAAGACCACCUUAGCAUCCUCUUUCUCUGAAUCCUUAGCCAAAUUCUUGUGUGAGCUCAACACAGUCAUCUGGCUCCAAGUUGUACAGUGGCUCAUUGGCAAACUUGGUAUAAGUUCAGCCCUUGGACACUCUUGUGCUGUGUGGGACACUGCUUUACCACUUCUCCUUUUAAUGCAACCUUACCUUACUGGUACAAAGGCUUAUCUUUCACAUUAUGGGCUGGGACCAAGGUCUGGGAAGAUGAUGAUCAGUGAGGCUUUGUAGACGAGUGUUUGCAAAAUCUUGGUGUUUUUUGCAGGGUUCAUCCUUUGUUCUUUAAGGCCCUACCUGCCUCCCAAAGACUACCACAUCAGGGAGCCCGGUCACAACUUGUAACCUAGGGGCAAAUGUGGUUCCGAUUUGUAGCAUAGCUAGGACCUUACCCAUGGCUCAUAACCAAACCAGGCCAGCAACAAAACAGUGCAUCAGUCGCAAAAAUCAGUCUGAUUUUUCUCAGAUUCUAAUAAACUUUCUGGAUGCCAUGAGUUAUUUAAAAAACAAAAACCAAACCUUUUUGUCCUUCAGUCGUUCUAGAUAGCUUAGUGCAUUCCAUUGUCACAGGAUCCUUUUCAAAGCCCAUCAUCCAGUUUAACAAGAUAUCUAUGGGCUUCUUGUGGCUAAAGUUACUUCCUUAGAAAUCCAUUAGGAACAGAACAGACCUUAAAAAUAUGCCCCAGCUAUGCUUGGAAGUAUGGGAGAGCUAUAGAGAACAGGUUCCUCCAUAAAAUAAUCUGUUUGUGAAUGAAAAGGAAUGGGGAAUUAACAUUGAAAUUAAUAUGCUGAUGCCAUUAUUUUUUCCACCCUUUUUCCUUGAAAGGAAGGAGCAGUGAAGGACCCAAGAGACACUUUCCUGUUUGUACCCCCAUGGUUUUUAAAAUCCGAUGUCAUGAUGCCUUAAAGCAGUAGCUUCCCUGGGCCACCUAGGUUUUAACAAAUAGCAUUCAUCUCUCUCCUUCCUCAGGAAUAGAGGCUCUGGGCAGAUGCCCUGAUCUGUUGUCUUAUUCUGUGUGGCAGUCCUGUUGGGUGGAGACACUGGAACAUUCCUCUAACAACCACCUUGCUGCCAUCUUCUAUAUGCACACCAGCUCUCCAGGGGUCCUGGCCACAAGCUAUUACUGAACUAUUCCACUUCCACCAUGAAAGCAAUUCUGGCUUCAGCUCUAAGCUACUAAGGUCCUGAAGCUGCUGUACCCCCACCUGAGGUCUAGAUCCUAGGGGCUGGAGGGGUGCAGAAGUGCGACUACUGACUUUUCCAACCACCGUAGCCUCCCACUUUGAGCCAGAAUCUAUACACAACUGUAACCUCUGACUGUCUUGUGGUCUCUAGUUACUGGGAAGUGUGUUGCUGAGCAGGCAGCCUCUCAGGGUUGAAGCAGACUCCCUUACGCACUGAGAGAGGCAGCAGCAGACACUCAUGAAAUAUCCGUCGGGGGGUGGCAAGUGUAAUCUUGUAGGCUCUGUUCAGUUAGGGUCCCCCUCCCAAGUCAUCUGUGAGUGGAGAGCUUGGGGAAAACUCGGGACAAUUGCCCCGUUCACAUUGUCUCCUGCUGCUGUUCUUGAAGCUGCUGCUUGACUAGUCAUUUUGUAACUCUGUUGAAUACCACGUUCCCCCCCCGCCCCCCUUUGGAGAUGAUGAAAUCCCACUUUUCGCAUGAUUUGCAGACAGGUGGACACCAGUCAUUGUCCAGCAAUUGAGUUUUCUCUGGGGAGAGGCUUCUAAUUUGCUUUCAGGCUGCAACAAAGCCUAACUCUGUUUACACACAUACAAAGCCUUGUCCAUCUCUCACAAACGCAUCACAUUUGGUUUGGGCAGUUUGGCCUCCUUUGACUUCUUUGUUAUUUCAGCUGCUUCUGAGCUCUGAUUUCCAGGGAGCUGCCUUUUUUUAAUAUGGCUCCCUGGUUUAUUAUGCCUCCUUAAGGCUGCGUGAUAUAGUGGUUAAAGCAGAAAGCUGGGAGUUUUGGGGUUUUUUUCCCUGGCUAGGGCAAGUCACUUAACCUGUGUGCCUCCGUGUAACUGGGAAUUGAGCUACCUCCCAGUCUGUAUCCUGCCAAAGGAUCCUAUCCAGGUUUUUUGUAAGAGUCUUUGCAAUGUUUACAAAAUGCCUCUGUAAGAGGCAAUUAGAAAAUCUAUCCCUUAAUGCCUUGCUCAAGCCCAAGUUUAUUUUAGCACUAGCAUCUCUGUGGGAAUUCUCAGAAAACUCUAUGUAAGUAGCAUAUGCUUCUUUUCCCCAAAAAAGUGCUGUUAACCAAGUCCAUCAUUGUAGGAGCAUAAGCAAUUAAAUCCUACCAUGCUGGAUUGUUUGUUCCUGUACUUCAGAUCACUCAUUCCUUGACCUUCACUGCCUUCGUAAAGGGCUAGCACUUGCACUGGAAUGUUGCACCAGAGCACACAGCUUUCUAACCCAAUCAGGAGCACCAGAAUCAAACCUCAGUUUUAUACACUGGAUAGAACUUUUGUGUCUGCAUAUUAGCUACUUAGAACCUUCCUGCUAACUUUUUGGCAGAAUGGUUAAUUUUAUAAAUAGGGAAUUUACGGUUUGGAGCUGUACAGUAAUUUGUUGCCAACACACAGAUUGUCUUGGUGUCUUAAAUUUCAGAUCCACAAGCUAAUUACAGCUCUUGAGUCAAUAAGUUUAGUAAACUGUAUUUCAUGUAGGGUUGUUGAAUGUCCUUAAUGGAGGGAGGUACGAGAGGCGGACUCAGAACUUUGAAAGAAAGGGGAGGGCAGAGGGAAUGGAGACAUAAUAACCACUUGAGUGACAAUAGUGUUCAUAUUAUCCUCCGGCAUUGCAAAAAUUUUCCAUGAAUGAAUCAUACUCUUGUGGUUGGGGGCUAACUGGGUAGGAAAGACUCCACCCAGACUGUCUCCAAUAUGAGAAACACUCAGGUUUGUGGGUUUACCUCCAAAUGGCUUUGCCUAAUAAAACCACUUCAUUCUACUGAAACAAAGGCUUGUGACUUCUACUUGCUCCUUGCUCUGCAGCUCCUCUGUUCAGAUUGCUGCUAUGUUUGAUUGCAACUGAACACUUGCCUUGUUACUGAAAUAUGUUGCAUUCCCAUAUUUGUGCCUGUAAUUAACCUGUCCUCUUUGUAUGCCUGCGUAUUACAGUAGUCACUGUAUUCUACCUGCCUUGCAUACACAGCUCAUCCACUCUGGUAUCAAACAAUAUAAUAGUGUAGUUAAUGUGGAAAUAAUGAAACUGGACAGAAGAAUACAUUCCAUGUGAACUCAUUUGCACUGAAAAGGCAGUUAUUUUUGUUGUUAAACAAGCUUCCUUGUGUUUUCUGUUCUGAUGGCUGGUUAUCUAUCGAUGGGUGGGUAGGUAGGUGUCUUAAAGCCACCAGAUACCUGUAUACAAUUCCUCACAUUCAAAACCUUUCUGCUGAGUGUGUAGUACAUCAGGAACACAUAGAAAAUAGUCUUUCAUUCAUUUUAAAAAUAAAUCAUGUGUUGGAUCUCGAAGCUUCUUCCCCUUGCCAAGCUCCUUCCUAAUUUUACAGAGCACACAACCACAAGGGCUGAGAUUUUUCAAAGAAGCUUAAGGGGCACAUGGGUACCAAACUCAGUGGGAUAUGAGUAUCUAGCUCCCUUCGGCAGGCUUGAAAGUCUCAGACCAGCUUGUCUUUCAUUUGCUAAAGCUGCAGUACAUGUUAAUGCAAUGCUACUUUAACCAAAAAAGGCCUUAAAAUGCAAUUCUAGCCUGGAAAAUAACUUUUUAAAAAAAGAAACAAACAAUGCCUGACUUGUCAGAUUUGGUAGGAAUAGAAAUUAGAAAAACCUUUUCACCUGUAAAGAAAGCACAUUGGUUCUGGAGUGUCUGGGGCACACUAUAUAUGAAAGCCUAUAUGCAAUUUUUAAUCCCUCUUCUGAGUGGAACCUGACUUUAAUGACACAUAAUGAAGUGCACUUUGAAUACUGACACUGCCUGAGGCUUUUUUAGUGAUAACAGCAUUUUAGAAAAAGAAACAAAAUAUCCAAUCUUGUUAAUAAUUUUAUUACUAUUGAAUAUUAAAGACAAGUUGGAUGGGCAAUCUUGAAACCCAAGGAAGUGUGUUUUGUACUCUGCACCAGGUCUUAGAUACAGAAAAUAUCUUGUGAAAAUUACUUUUCAAAUUUCACAUGAUGUUGCUAUGGAUAUUCCUGGAGAAUACAGCAAAGCUGUCAGAAUUCUGUGCUGCAUCUUGGGGCAGGUUUCAUUCAGGGAAUUGAAGCUCUGUGCCAGAUUUGUGUAAAUUGGGAGCAGAUUGCGUCUAUCUUAUCUUUAAUGCAGAUGUAUGACCCGCUGUUCCCAGCAUGCAGUUUACUAUGGUCCACAUUUUUCUAUUAAAAAUGGUGGCCAUAAACUGCACUGUAGAACUCUGGGGGGGGGGAACUCAUUUGGCCAGCCUUCAUGUACCAAGAGAUGACACUUUCUUGUAUGUGAUUGCAAUCUGUCAUUUUAACCAGUUUAAUUUCUAAAAAUAGUUUGCAGUCAGUUCAUUUGCCUUAUUUUCAUCGGGUUAAUACCUCCUUUUCAAGAUCAACACCAUUGGUAUCUGUAAUAUGCUUGUUAUAGGUUCUAAAAACUAUUCAGUAAAAAUUUUUUUGUCCUAAAUGCAAAUGCGUACAUGUUAAGACCAUAGUAAAUCUUAACCAGAUUGUGAAGGGAAGCACAGCCGUUAAAUAUGGGGCUAUUCCAUUUUUAAAAUCUCGUGCCGAGCUUUGAAAUGUAAUGUGAUUUUUUUAAAAAAUAGCUUUAUCAACUGAGGGAGUUUUGUAAAACAAACAAACAUUUUGUGAAAUUCUCCACUACAAUAACUGUUUUGUAUUAUAAGCUGCUUUUGGACCUUUUAUAUAUAUCCUGGUUGCUUUGUCUGACUUCGUAAUUGUUCAGUAAAUGUUUUUUAACUUAUUGCAAAAAAAUUUCUGUAAUGAAGCUAGAUCCUAAGACGUGUGAACAUCAUUGUUUUUCAAUAAAGUUGACACUGCAGUAAAUGA